GCCAGGGCGAACAUUUCCGCCUUGCUUGCGAAAUCGCCCAAAGCACGGCAGAUCCGAAGUCGGGGUACUUGUACCUGGCGCCACGCUUGACGCAAGGCGGCCCCUGGAGGCCCCCUCAGGCUCCAAGAAGCCCCGGCAGGACCCCAAGAGCACCUUGAAAGAGCUUCCGUAGCCAUUUGGGCUCGAGCAUUUUGUUCAAUAGUUGUGGUGGGUCAGGCGGUCUGUCUUCGACUAGCGGCUCGGUGUGUCAGGUGAUGUCUCUGCGGAGGGCCAUCGCUCGAGCCAGCGAAGUGGCUGCGCCGCUCAGGAAAACAUCCAAGAAGGAUCAGACCCGUCUCGGUGUGUACCCAGUACCGCCAGAGGCAAACAUCUGGUGGAUGAACCGCUACCAGGUACCGGGCGGGGAGAUCAAGCAGAGCUUUUCUCCCUACCAGCAGAAGAUCAUGUGGCAGUGGUUGUGGAACGCUCCCAGCCGGUGGUACUGGCGCCUCUCGAAGUGGGCGUGGCCCGUCGGGGUGCCGUCCCUGACGAUGUACAUCUUCAUCUACAAGUCCUGCGAGGCCGACGUGGAAGCGGACAUCCGGGCCAAGGCUUGGUGGUGAGGCGGUUUUGCCCGGGCCCGCGUGCUGCCGCGUGGACUGGGCGCGAACGGAUGGGGGCGAACAAAUGAGGGGGAAGGCUCCUCCGAACCGGGACUUCCCCAUCCGUGUCUCGUCCUGUUCUCCGCGGUUGGCCAGGGGCGCCCACCGCACCAGGGGUUGCCGAUCACAGCCAGUCCACGAAGA